GUUAACCCCUGUGUGGCUGGGCGGGCUGGAGCUCCCGCGGGCCGGAACCCCGCGAGUCGGGGCUCCCCUGCCACACCCCUCACGGGAUUUAAAGCCGGGGAAAGCAAAGGGGGGCCGAGCCGCCCGAAGCCCGAACUGAGGGAGCGGGCAUGAGGCGCUGUCCGUGCCGGGGGAGCCUGAGCGAGGCGGAGGCCGGGGCGCUGCCGGCGGCGACGGCCCGCAUGGGCCUGGAGACGCCUCGAGGUGGGCGGCGGCGGCAGCCCGGACAGCAACGACCUGGGCCGAGUGCUGGGGGCCCGACGGGACGGCCGGAGGGGGGCGGGCCUCCAGCCUGGAGAGAGGGCUUCCACUUGCACACCGAGCCUGAAAGAACCAGCCUGGGACCGGAGGUGCGGACAGACGUUCCACAGACAGAAUCCUGGACAGAUGGACAAGCCGAUGAGCCCGAAGCAGCUGGCUUAGGAAGCGGAGAGACGGAGGAGCUCAGCCCCGAUUCAGAACCCGACAUGUCCGGCCUCCAGACACAUCGAAAAAGAAGCCACCACAGGCCAGAGCUGGAGAUGGCCGGUCCCUGGACGGAGAUUGCGACAGAUGGCGUUUGGACUGGUCCACACAGAUCCGACCUCCAGGCUCAGCCAGACUGUGCCAAUCUCUGCACCCAGCCAAAGGUUGAUGAGCCCUGGUCAGAGCUGGAAAUACUUGGGGGGCAAACGGAACAAGAGGGUAUCCAACCUUGGGUUGAUAAUCUCCGGACUCACCUAGAUGGAUCCUGCCUCUCAACAAAACCAAGUGCCGAUGGCACAGGGAGAGAAUUGUACGCCCAUAGCUCCAAGACACCCCAGGAUACUGAAGGCUCCUGGACAGACUCACAUACUGAUGACUCCCCCAAACAUGCAAACACUCAGACAUCUUGGAAAGACCCUGGGACUGAGGGUUUCCCCACACAAGAUAGACAUGGUCCCUGGAGACUGCAUGGCACCGAUGGUCCCCAGUGUACAGCCCUUGGAACAAACUUUGGUCUUUUAGGGGAGCCUAAUGGAGAUGGUUCUUUAGAAGAACCAGAACCUGAGGAGUUGGUGACUCAUCCCCAUUCUCACCUGGAGUGCAGCUCCCUGUCCUCUGUCCCUCGCCUCAUCAUUACCCCUGAAACUCCUGAGCCUGAUGCCCAACCGGUGGGACUCUCCUCCCGGAUUGAGGGGGGCAGCAGUGGCGGCUUCUCCUCUGCUUCAUCUUUUGAUGAGUCUGAGGAUGACCUGGUGACUGGGAGUGGAGGUACCAGCGAUCCUGAGGAUCCCUCCGGGACCAAACCCUGGAAGAAGCUGAAGACGGUGCUGAAGUAUUCGCCCUUUGUGGUGUCCUUCCGUAAACACUACCCUUGGGUCCAGCUCUCAGGACACGCUGGGAAUUUCCAGGCAGGGGAGGAUGGUCGGAUUCUGAAACGCUUCUGUCAGUGUGAGCAGCGCAGUCUGGAACAGCUGAUGAGUGACCCCCUGCGGCCCUUUGUGCCUGCUUAUUAUGGGAUGGUGCAUCGUGAUGGCCAGGCCUUCAAUCAGAUGGAGGAUCUCCUGGCAGACUUUGAGGGUCCCUCCAUCAUGGACUGCAAGAUGGGCAGCCGAACCUACCUGGAAGAAGAACUGGCGAAGGCCCGGGAGAGGCCCCGGCCCCGGAAGGAUAUGUAUGAGAAGAUGGUGGCUGUGGACCCUGGAGCCCCCACUCCAGAGGAGCAUGCUCAGGGCGCUGUAACAAAGCCCCGCUACAUGCAGUGGAGGGAAACCGUGAGCUCUAGCUCUACGCUGGGCUUCCGGAUCGAGGGCAUCAAGAAAGCUGAUGGCCACUGCAACACCAACUUCAAGAAGACGCAGGCGCUUGAGCAGGUGACGAAGGUGUUGGAUGACUUUGUGGACAGGGACCGAGGGAUUCUGAGAAAGUACGUGGCCCGGCUAGAAGAACUUCGAGAAGCUCUGGAGACCUCCCCUUUCUUCAGGACCCAUGAGGUGGUGGGCAGUUCCCUUCUCUUUGUACAUGACCACACUGGCCUGGCCAAGGUGUGGAUGAUCGACUUUGGCAAGACAGUGGCCCUGCCUGACCACCAGACGCUCAGCCACAGGCUGCCCUGGGCCGAGGGCAACCGAGAGGACGGCUACCUCUGGGGUCUGGACAACUUGAUAGGCCUCCUUCAGGGACUGGUCCAAAGUUGACCUACCCAUCAGCUGCCAGGCUCAUUCAUGGGAUGGCACUGCUCUGGCUUGGGAGGAGCCCCAAGAUUCCGUGGGAGUCUGAGCUGGUGGCACAAGACCCGUGUGUGGAAGGUCUUAAGGCCCUGGAACACUAGGCAGCAGCGGGCUCUGCUAUGGUCUUGGGAAAACACCAGCUCUCCUGACCCACGGGGAAGGCUUCUCCUGAUAGCUGGGAUGACCUGUGGCCACCCUUGUGAGCCCUUCCUGGUUCCCAGAUCAGGCAUCAUUUACAAACAUGGGGCCAAGUCUCCAGUCUCUGGAGGCUGUCCAAGUGCUGAGUGACAGGGCAGGACACUGCAGGGCACCUGCUGACACUGCCCAGGUCUGAAGUUCCUGGGUGGGGCACAGCCACUCCCUACUGCCUGGCUCUUUGGGAUCCUCCCUUUUCCUCUGAGGACUCCCCUGAUCUGCCACACACCCAAACCACAGCCACCUGCCUGCCGGCACUGUGACCAGCACAACCUCACUCCUUGGUGCACCAGAUCCAGACUCUGGACCGCCUCCUCUUCCUGUCAGCCCCCUGCCCUGGAGCUCUGGGGGUCCUUCCUCUCAGCACACUGGGGCUGCAGGAAGGGGGUUUCUGAGGCCAGGGUAACAGGUUUUUUCCCUUGGGAAUCCCUGUGGCCUUGCUCAGGAGGGCCCCCAGUGAAAGGGCAGGUGGCCCAGAAGCCCAGGUGGAGGUGCUGGCCAUGACCUUGGGCCUGCAGUCCAAGGUCGACACCAAAGAUUCCAGAACCUUGGGUGUGGCAGAUGUGUCCACUGUUCCACUGCUGCAGCAUCUGUGACUUUGGCUUCCUGGCCAAAGGGAGGACAGAUGGCCACCGACUUGUUUCCCAAGCCAAGGAUCUGGGCUGCAGGGCUGAGAAGAUGGCCCUGUCCUUUUCUACUGAUCAUCUUCCUAUGUAUUUAUAAACCAGGUAGUUGUUAGAUUGGGGGGUUGGGUGGGAAGGGGUUUGAGGCAAAUGGCUUCACUGCGCCUUUACC